AUGCUCGACAGACUCGAACUGAUAUCUCCGGACGCCCCCAAAUUCAUCAUGGGUGACUUCAAUCACUGUUCAAUUGACAAGUCACUUAAAGGAUUCUACCAGUAUGUCAACUGCACCACCCGUCGAGGGAAAACACUGGACAAAUGCUAUGGGUCCGUCCCAGACGCCUACGGAGCCGUCUCCCUCCCUCCCCUAGGCUCUGCUGAAUACACCAGCAUACUGCUCGCUCCUGCCUACACACCUGUGGUAAAGAGAACAGAGAAAGUCAUCAAGGAUAUCAAACAGUGGACACUGGACAGUAUUGACAGGCUUCAAGGGUGUUUUGAAACCACAGACUGGAAUACCCUCACAUCCUCCUCCACCAACAUCAGUGAGCAAGCGGAUACAGUCUCAGCAUACAUCACUUUCUGUGUAGACAAUAUUAUCCCCUCCAAGAAGGUCACAAUCUUCCCUAACAAUAAACCCUGGGUGACUAAAGAUCUAAAAAACAUAUUGAAUACGAAAAAGAGAACAUUUUUUACCGGUUCUGAAGCUGAGAAGAAGGAGGUAAACAGAGAGGUCAAGCGGGCCAUAAAAAUUGCCAAGCUGAAAUACAAGAACAAAGUGGAGCAGACCUUUGGAAAAGGGAACCUCCGUGCGGCUUGGCAGGGCCUGAAGAACAUGGCAGCAGUAAACUCUGUCUCUACCAGCCGCAAGCCCAUUCAGGUAGCAGGAAGCAGCUUCACUUCACUCCCUAAUGAUCUCAACUCCUUCUACACCAGAUUUGAAAAGGACAAUAGCACCCAGCUAGAAUCAAUCGUCUCCACACUCAGACCUGAUGACUCCGGCCUCAACAUCAACACAUCAGAGGUGGUGAGAGCCCUCAAAAGGACUAAAAAGAACACAGCUCCAGGGCCAGACAACAUAUGUGGGCGGACCCUAUGGCACUGUGCUGAGCAGCUGGGAGGUGUGUUCCAGCAUCUGUUCCAGGGCUCUUUGACCAGCAGCACAGUCCCCGCGAUGUGGAAAAACUCAACAGUGAUUCCCAUCCCAAAGAAGGGCACCACCAAGGUCCUGAAUGACCUUAGACCGAUGGCUAUCACCUCCCUGAGCCCGUGCCUGCUGGAGAUCCACCAGCGGGUGCACACGGGUGAGAAGCCCUUCGGCUGCUCCACUUGCGGUAAGAGCUUUGCCCGGUUGUUGUGGCUGCGGGUCCACUCGCAGGUGCACAGCAGUGAGCGGCCUUUCACCUGUUCCGACUGCGGCAAAGGUUUCAAGUCGUCCACGAACCUGAAGAGUGGCCAGCCCUACGACCGUCUGUACCAAAAGGUCUGUACUGCGGUGAGGCGUUUGACAGCUCGUGGGGGUUGCGGCAGCACAGGCGGACUCACGGCGGCGAGCGACUGCUCCCACUGCGGCAAGCGUUUCAAGAGAUCACGGGGGCUGAGGGAGCACCAGCGGAUACACACCAGAGAGAGACCAUUUGAGUGCGCUGAGUGUGGCAAGGGUUUCACCAGCAAGUCCAGCCUGUGGCAGCACCAGUGUGCCCACAGUGGUGAGCGUCCCUUCACCUGCCUGCCCUGUGGUAAAGGCUUCACCCGCCUUAACCACCUGCUGGAGCACCGGCGAGUCCACACCUGCCAGCGCCCCUUCACCUGCCCGCUCUGUGGCAAGGCCUUUGCCCUCUCCUCCUGCCUGCUGGCACACCGCCGCAUGCACAAAAAGGAGAAGCGUUAUGAGUGCGAUGUGUGUGGCAAGGCCUGGCAGAGCCCGAGCCUGCUGGAGACCCACCAGCGAGUGCACACGGGAGAACGCCCCUUCGACUGCUCAGAGUGCGGUAAGAGCUUCUCCCGCUAUGAAAACCUGCAGCGGCACAAGAGCGUGCACUCCGGCGAGAAGCUGUUCACCUGCUCCGACUGUGGCAAGAGUUUCAAGAUGGCCAAUAACCUGAAGGUGCACCGGCGGGUGCACACGGGCGAGAAGCCCUAUGGCUGCUCCACCUGUGGCAAGAGCUUUACCCGGUUGUAUGGGCUGCAGGUGCAUCGGCGGGUGCACAGCAGUGAGCGGCCCUUCACCUGCUCUAACUGCGGAAAAGGCUUCAAGUCGUCGCCGGACCUGAAGGUGCACAGGCGCCUGCACACCGGGGAGCGGCCCUAUACCUGCACCGAAUGCGGCAAGGACUUCACCCGCUUCAGAAACCUGCUGGGGCAUCAACGCACCCACACCGGCGAGCGCCCCUACACCUGCACCCAGUGCGGUAAGGGCUUCACCCAGUCCACCAGCCUGCUGUCCCACCAGCGCACCCACACCGGGGAACGGCCCUACACCUGCAGCGACUGCGGGAAGGGCUUCACCCGCUCCGACAGCCUGCUGUACCACCAGCGCACCCACACCGGCGAGCGCCCCUACACCUGCGACCAGUGCGGCAAGGGCUUCACUAAGUCCAGUCACCUACUGUCCCACCAGCGCAUCCACACCGGCGAGCGGCCCCAUACCUGCGCCCAGUGCGGCAAGGGCUUCACCCGCUUCACCGGGCUGCUGUCCCACCAGCACACCCACACCGGCGAGCGCCCCCACACCUGCGCCGAGUGCGGCAAGGGCUUCACUCAGUCCAGCAGCCUGCUGUCCCACCAGCGCAUCCACACCGGCGAGCGUCCCUACACCUGCGCCCAGUGCGGCAAGGGCUUCACCCGCUUCACCGGGCUGCUGUCCCACCAGCACACCCACACGGGCGAGCGCCCCUACACCUGCGCCCAGUGCGGCAAGGGCUUCACUCAGUCCAGCAGCCUGCUGGAGCACCAGCGCACCCACACCCGCGAUCGCCCCUUUACCUGCGCCCAGUGCGGCAAAGGCUUCACCCGCUCCACCCAUCUGCUGAACCACCAGCUCACCCACACCGGCGAGCGCCCCUACACCUGCGCCCAGUGUGGCAAGGACUUCACCCAGUCCAGUCACUUGCUGGAGCACCAGCACACCCAUACAGGCGAGCGCCCCUUCACCUGCACCCAAUGCGGCAAAGGCUUCACUCGCUCCUCCAAGCUGCUGUCCCACCAGCAGGUGCACGCCGGCAACCGUCCCGUCCCCAGCCCGGUGUGUGGAGAGCGCUUUGCCAUGGCCUCCCACACCCUGUCUCACCAGCGCGUGCACACCAGUGAGAGACCCUUUGUGUGCGCUGAAUGUGGCAAGGGGUUCACCCGGCUUGACCACCUGCUGGAGCACCGGCGAGCCCACACCGGCCAGCGCCCUUCACCUGCCCACUCUGCGGCAAGGCCUUUGCCCGCUCCUCCAGCAUGCUGGCACACCGCCACGUGGAUAGGCUCAGUGCAGAUCGAGACAAGAGAGCAGUAG